AUGGGAGAGAGAGCGUCUGGCGAUUCAGGAGAGAAGGGAGCUAUGGUUGUGGAGGAUGAUGAUGGAGGUGCUCGGGAAGCCCUGGAUCGUGGUCCAGAAGGUCCUUCACAGGUAGGGGGUAAACGACGAGUGGUGAUCUCUCAGAGAGACUAUGAAUCGAAGAGACAAAACUUCCGUUUUGCCUUAAUCGGAAGGGUUAACUUCCAUUUGAUCUCCUUGGAUGCCUUGAGAAGGGAGGCUCGGGAAAAAUGGAACCUAAGUCAAGGGGUGCUAAUGCAUCCGUUGGGAAAAGGAUAUGUUAUCUUUCAAUUUCAAUGUGAGGGCGACAAGGCAGCAAUGUGGCAAAGAUCACCCCUUAGGGUUGGUGAUCAGGUUAUUCAAUUUCAACAUUGGAAGCCUGAUUUCAAUAUCCAUGAGAAGCAAUUCUUUACAAAACUUGUAUGGAUACGUUUUCCAGAUCUAUCGCUAGAAUAUUGGCACGAAAACGUCUUAUUAUCUAUUGCAAAGGCAGUAGGGCGCCCUGUUGCCUUAGACAGACGAACAAGACAAGGCCUUCUCAGCUAUUUUGCAAGGGUGCUAGUGGAGAUUGACAUUUCUGACUUGGCAGUGAGGGUGGAGGAAGUCCAGGUCAAGAGAUUUGAACCAGGCACCUCUCAGGUGUUGAAGAAAGUGGAUGACGAAAAGCAGUGUGCAGCUAAGAAAUUGGCUGAGGUUCCAGGGGCGGUAUACGUUGAAGAAGACAGAGUUGACUCAACCACGGCCAACUCGGUGGGUCGGCUCUCUCCUAUUUUGGAAGGAAAUCAACAAGAGCGUUCUCAACAAUCUCCUCAUAAUGGAAAGGAUGAGAAUGGUAUCACUCUUUCCGUGAAUAACUCUCCCCAAUUUCCUAAUAUGGAAGAAGGAGAAAUUCAAAUUGAUUUGGACUCUACCGUUUCAAAUCUCCCCAAUUUAGUAAAGAAUGGAUUGGCACAAGAGGAUGUGGAUAUGAACAAUUAUGUGAGUCAGCAUGAUGUGGACCGGUCUAGCUCUGAGACCGGCUCAGAAUAUGGGUCUCUCUCAAACCAAGAUGAUGAAGAGGAGGGUGAAUUGAACCAAAAUGGGAACCCGCCUAUCUCUAACAAAAUACAAAAACAGAACCAGGAGGAUUUGACUCACGCUCUCCCUAUGGACCCUGUGUGUCUUUCCUCACGUCCCAAGAGGACGGGAAGGAGGGAAGCAGCGACAUUGGAUGUUACAGUGGUGGAUGAUGCGGUGGCUGCUCUCGAGAAAGGCACAGAAGUGGGAGAAAAAAGGAGAAGAAAGAAAAAGCAGAGCGGUCAGGCUUCAAAUCCUGACAAAGGUGCUCUGUUCUGGAACAUUCGGGGUGUCUGA